AUGUGGUCGAACAACUUCCUUUUCAUUUUCGCGUGCUCGCUUCAUUUGAGCGCGGUUUUAGCUCUGUGGUCGUGCUCCGAGGAUGAUGAUUGUUCGAGCCUCGCCGGAAGUGUCUGCAGGAGCGGAAGUUGCGCCUGUCCGCACGGACACCAAUCCGUAUUGGGAGGAAGCUUAUGCGCCACCGUGGCUCCGUAUCAUACUUCAGCUUGCGUAGAAAGUCAUCAGUGCUCAAGACUGUUCACGUCAUUUGAGUGCAGACGAAGCGGCAAUGAACGAGACGGCAAAUGUUUUUGUCAAGAAGACCACCACUACUUCCGCGGUCGUUGCUGGCCAAUAGCCGAGUACGGAGCGACUUGUACGCGCCACGAGGAGUGCUUAAGCGUGAUGCGGGAUCCGUUUAGUCUUCGAUGUGACGGCACCUGCGUCUGUGCUACAGGAUAUUACAGCAGGCAGAGGGGGGAGUGCAGAAAGAUAGCCGCGGCUGUGGGUGAAGGAUGCGUCCUGGACGAAGACUGUCAGUUCCCGGGCGGAGCUUGCAACGUUAACACGUUCAGAUGCUACGACGUGAACGCUCCACCUACGGAGCCUCCGCCAGCGCCUCCGGUCACUGAGCCCAUCACAGAGCCAACAACUGCAGAGCCGGGCGACCGGCCCACCACCGAGGAACCCGAAAUAAUAGUCGUCGAAGGACAAUUCUGUGACCUUAACAAUCCCUGCCCUAGUCCUUACCAGUGCUCUAAAUUUAGCUCCUGCGUUUGUCCCGUCGGUUAUUACGGGAAUGAAGCUGGUACAUUGUGCUUAGCUGAACUUGGUUCGCCGUCUACGUCAGAGCAGUGUGUGGGACUGCUCGCCGAAGUAAGAGACGGCGUUUGCACCUGCCCCGCCAACUUCUUCUUCGAUGAGAACAUGAGGGAUUGCGUUAAAGUGACGAGAAGGAUCACGGAUUCUUGCGUGUCCGACAUGAACUGCUUCACGUUCGGCUCUGCGGCGAGAUGCGGUCCGCCGCAGCAGCCCUGGCCCCUGAGGAGCUGCGAGUGCAUCCCCGAGCUGGCGGUGUGGGACGCCGACAGGAACAUUUGCAGAUUCUUCGCUGGUAUCGGUGAGACCUGCGAAGUGGAUAGCGACUGUCUGGCCGGUGAGCUGGAGAUCCAGUGCGUCAAGGACGAAGCCGGCCAGGGUUACUGCACCUGUCCCGAAGAUCUGAUCGCCGUGGAUGGACUCUGCGUCACCAGCGGAUUAGUUCUCGGCGAGGCUUGUCAAGUUUCCCUGGAAUGUUCCGGUACGGAGAACGCUGUCUGCACGGAUGGCGUGUGCUCCUGCAACACCGGUUACCAACAGGUCGACGACUUCUGCGCUCCCGUUAUUGGCGGAACCUGUUCUGUGGAUUCGGACUGCGUUAUCCCGAACACGGCGUGCUUCGAGAUUGACAACUCAAUGACAUGUCAAUGCAAGGAGCGUUUCGUGGCGUACGACGACGAAUGCUGGCCUAAUGUGGACGGCUUCCAGUCGGCUUGUAACGUGACCGCGCAAUGUACUCAAGCUUUAGGAAACGAGGGUGUGUGUCUCGAGGGAGCCUGCGCAUGCGUGGAAGGGUUCCACCACAGAGGUGGCAGAUGCUGGCCGAUCACGGGAUUAUUUGAGGUCUGCAAUCGGGACAGCCAGUGUUUCCUGGGCGAUUUGACCGAGAGGGUGGUCUGCAGGAACAGCUUGUGCCAAUGCGACUUUAGCUAUCCUUACUCUGAGGAACUGCACACUUGCACGUCAUCCGCGUCAAAAAUGGCGGGAAGCCUAUUCAUCAUGGCCGCCGCGAUCCUUUAUCUGUACUCAAACAAAAUGUGAUAUUAUUAAUUAAAUAAAUUGUAUUUAUGCUAAG